AUGACUAUUAGCUUAAGGUUUAUUAUAGCUGCUGGUCUUAUUCUUUUCCUUGUCUCUCGAUAUGCUACAGGUCAAGCCAUGAUGAGAAUCCCACUGAAAAGUACGAAAACUUUGUGGAGCAAGGACGAUGUAACUUUAACAAAUGUUAAUGACAAUACUUACUUCGGGCAAAUUAUGGUAGGAACUCCGGGUCAGCCUUUCAACGUGUUGUUUGACACCGGGAGUUUCGACCUGUGGGUUCCUUCUUUAAAAUGGCCUAAACCGGGAAGCAAAAGGUAUAGAUCAAGCGCAUCAAAAACUUAUAAACCCAAUGGGAAGAAAGCAGAAAUCAGAUACGGAACAGGUUCUCUGAAGGGGUUCAUGAGCAACGAUGCGGUAGAGAUAGGCGGGUUACGCAUCAAGCAGCAAGCAUUCAUCGAGGCAACUGAAGCUCCGGGUAGACGGAUUUACGAAAGGCCAUGGGAUGGCAUAUUUGGACUUUCAGGCCUAUCGAAAUCGACCAUCACAGGAGCUCGUCCCGUCUGGAGAACGAUGAUGGAUGAAGGGUUGGUUACAAAGAAAGUGUUCUCGAUAUGGCUUCGACGGUACAGUGAUUCUGCUGAAGAUGGUGGGGAGAUAGUAUUUGGAGGUAUAGACCAAGAGCACUUUACGGGAGCUCAUACCUACGUUGAUGCUGAAGGGCCGCUUAACAAAUUUAUGAUGUACUCCUUUUUUGUGGGCAAAAUUGACACAAAAGUUUGCUCCAAGGGAUGCAAAGUUGUUGUGGACUCGGGGAGUACAUACAUUCGUGGUCCACCGAAUUUGAUCGUCAAGAUUAAUAAGCAAAUCGGAGUAGCAGCAGACUGCUCUAAUUAUGACAAGCUGUCUGAAGUUAUAAGUUUCACAAUAGCUGCAAAGACUUUUACCCUCAUACCACGCGAUUACAUUGAGAGAAAGAAUGGGAAAUGCAAGAGUGUAUUCGCGGAUGCAGUAACUGAUUUCUGGCAACUUGGCACGCCAUUCAUUCGAGCAUUUCAUACUGUUUGGGACUACCAGACUCCAGGAACUGUUAAAGUCGGAUUCGCCAAGUCCAAAUAAUUUCUCUUAUUAUCUCCCACCCUCUGGUGGUAUACUCUAUAAUUUAUUAAAUUAAAAUAAAAAAGAAAU